AUGGUGACCCCUCCAGCAAAUCUCGACCUACGGGCGACCUCACGAACAUCUUCACGCCCUCCUCUUCGAUCACCGAGGCUUCAUGUUGCUGGAGAAGCACCGCCGGAGCUCUCUCCUUUGGAUGCAUUCGCCUUGCAGAGCCGGUUGUUGGCGAAGCAACUGGAAGAGUCGCAAAACAGGGGUGGCCGGCGAAUGAGCAGAUUGCCGCCUCUGACCACCGAAAGCCCGCUUGUUGUGCAAGCCCGGUCUGAUUAUUUCCGUUCCAUGUCACAAGAUUCUGCGACAUCCGACCAAAGCUCCCAGUCUGAGAAUAUCAGCGACGCAUUUGGUCUGCGGACCGAGGUUCAGGAUGCCUUUUCCGAGGAUAAGAGACCCGUCUCCAUGCACCCCCGCAUGAGUCGUAUUCCACCAACCCCUUGCAAUGAUAUUCCUGUACCAUCGCUCGACCGCCAGACUAGUCGUGGCUUAGAUAUAGGCGAUACCGACACGGGAUUAUCUGCGUUUGGUGCCCAGCGUGUGGAAUCACCAGCCCCGAUGGAGUCGCCCCUAGAGGAACGUUUCUCAGCAUCACCAGUGCGACCUGGUCCAGCCCCGCUCUCCCCAUGGAGAACAAGUCUUUCUACAGUGUCCCUUCUCCGGAGCGCGCGUUGA